AGAAUCUCGAACACCCAUCGACAAGCACAAGAACCCGAAGUCUCAGUCUGCGCUACAACUCUAGCGCUUAAAUUGAUUGAGUCUCUCGUUCUCUCGAAUCACUUCACUUCACCCACAACCAGAAUCAAAACCUUCAACAUGAAGCAUCUCGCAGCAUACCUCCUCCUCGGCCUGGGUGGCAACAGCUCUCCCUCUGCCGCAGACAUCAAGGAAGUCCUCGGCGCCGUCGGUGUUGAGCCCGAUGAGGAGCGUCUCGAAUCUCUCCUCAAGGAGCUCGAAGGCAAGGACAUCAACGAGUUGAUCCAAGAGGGUCAAACCAAGCUCGCAUCCGUUCCGUCUGGUGGCGCCGCUGCUGCUGGUGGUGCCGCCGCCCCGGCUGCUGCUGCGGGUGGUGAUGCUGCUGCUGCAAAGGAGGAGGAGAAGGAAGAGGAGAAGGAGGAGUCGGACGAGGACAUGGGCUUCGGUCUCUUCGACUAG